AUGCCUCCAAAAUUCGAUCCAUCUGAAGUUAAAUUCCUUUACUUAAGAGCCGUUGGUGGUGAAGUUGGUGCUUCAUCUGCUUUAGCUCCAAAGAUUGGUCCUUUAGGUUUAUCCCCAAAGAAGGUUGGUGAAGAUAUUGCCAAGGCCACCAAGGACUUCAAGGGUAUUAAAGUCACUGUUCAAUUAAGAAUCCAAAACAGACAAGCUACCUGUUCUGUUGUUCCAUCUGCUUCUUCUUUAGUUAUUACCGCCUUAAAGGAACCAGUUAGAGAUAGAAAGAAGGAAAAGAAUGUUAAACAUUCUGGUAACAUUCCAUUUGAAGAAAUUGUUGAAAUUGCUAGAACUAUGAGAGAAAAGUCUUUCGGUAAGACUUUAGCUUCCGUUGCUAAAGAAAUCUUGGGUACUGCUCAAUCUGUUGGUUGUCGUGUUAACGGUAAGAACCCUCAUGAUAUCAUUGAAGCCAUUGAUGCUGGUGAAAUUGAUGUUCCAGAAAACUAA